AUGUGUCGACCAUUACAUCGCUAUCAUUUUCCUGAAUGUGACACAUGGACACAAGAAGAAAUCAAUGCGUUUACAAAAGCAAUGGACAGUUCCGAGAAGAAUUUCUUAGCUAUUAGUCGAGUUGUAAGUUUUCUUUUUCAGAACCACUGACAUGAAAUCGAACCUUCGCUAUUUGCAUUUCAGGUUGGAACAUAAACGUUUUCACACACGCACAAUAAAAGAAGGAACAAAGCGC